GACAACGAAACGGGAGUUAAAGUAUCACAAUGGACCGUAAAUAUGAACAUGAAUCCUGAAGAAUUGGGUAACUAUAUGGAAGGAGAUAUUAUGAUCGCAAAAGGCACCACACUACGAAAUGGUGCAAAAGAUGAAAAGCUUCGUUGGCCUAAUGGUGUUAUUCCUUACGUAAUCAUGGGUAACUUCAAUGACACUCAAUUACAUCUUAUAUAUGAGGCAAUGAAGGAAUAUGAGAAGUAUACAUGUAUCAAGCUUAAACCGAGAACAGACGAAAGGGAUUACGUUAAAUUUGUUAGUUAUAAUAAUGGAUGCUGGAGCUACGUUGGCAAAAUUGGCGGUGUACAAUUAAUAAACUUACAAUCUCCUGGUUGUGUAACAAAAAAGGGUACUGUAAUACAUGAAAUUAUGCACGCUACUGGCUUUUGGCACGAGCACACUAGAGAUGACCGAGAUGAUUACGUGACUAUCAACUGGAAUAAUAUUAAAGAAUCAAGCUUGAGUAAUUUUGUCAAACUUUCCCCGGACAUCGUCGAAGAUUACGAUAUCCCUUAUGAUUAUGACAGCGUAAUGCAUUAUUCACCGUACGCAUUUGCCAAAAACUCCACUAUAAGAACUAUAAUUCCAAAAGUAAGUAAUAAUUAUUUUUGA